AUGUGGUUCAGACAUAUCACCACUCAGAAGGCCGUCGCUUUAGCUUCUUUGCUCCUGACGCCCGGUGUAUUAGCAGCUGCCAUACCGCCGAGAGAAGUUGACUCGGAUUUGACGACGCCCUCAUUUGUAGCUGGUGUUCCGAUAAACACACACGUCCCUACAACUGAAGCGGAUGGCAGUCCAUCCUCCGUCCCCUACUUCGGUUCUCCGGACUGCCGUUUCUGCCGUAAAGACGGCACCUCGAAGAGCAUCUGGGAGAUUCUCACUGGCUCGGACACAUCCCAGUCAGGUACUGCUCCCAGGUCUGUUGACGGGGACUCUUUCCUGACAGAGCGAUCCAACGUGGAUGUGAACUAUAUUGCUUCCAAGAUUCAUGAGGUGGACCCCUUCCCCUCGGUUCCUGAAGAUAGCCUUUCAGAUGAUGUUACUCCAUCCAAGACCACACGCCAGCCGACAACUCAGGUGAAACGGGCUACUAGAACCACCGGGGAUGCCAAAUAUAACAAGCUUAAGGAAGCGCUCGGGAAAACACCAGAGGUUGGCCAGGGCUAUGCCAUCAAGAUAAGGAGUGAACGAGCUCGAGUCGCCGGCAAGAAGGUUCCCGAUCAUUAUUUGAUAGCUGUAGGCUACGUGACAGAGAAAACCGAAGGUGGCGUCACCUAUCUCAAGUUUGCCUCAGGAUGCUGGGACAUUCAGCUCGAUGGCAAGAAGAUCGAGUUCACGGACCGUGGUGCCAGCAGUUGGUAUGAUUGGAGCGAGACUAAGAUGGAGGUGCUCGGUAAGAUCAGGUCAGGCGUGGAUAACACGGAGAUCGAAAGACAUGGGGAAGCGAUUGCAGCAAAGAUGAAUAAGAAGGGAUAUAGCACCCUCUUCAACAAUUGUCGGGAUUUUGUGCUCAAGUUGUACGCCGAAAUCAAGGCUUGA